CUCUGCAUAAAUCCACCAUUACAGUUAGAAUCUUUGAUUUAGUUUCUGAGUUGAAAAAUUGAAGGGGGAAAGUGAAAAAUUGACAUUGGAUAAUUAUUUUUUUCAGAGCUUCCAAAUAGAUAAUGAAGAUGUCACAUUAUUGAAAAGUAUGGAAUUUUACAAUAGCACGCGAUUUGUCAAGAUGGAAAUUAGUAUAUUUUUGAUAUGAAAAAAAAAAUCACGCAAUUUUUUACAUUUCUAUAAUGAAAAGAUAUACAAGCAAUAAUACAAAUUGACAUUUUUUCAAUUCCAAACCUGUCAACAUAGAAUAGGUAUACAAAAUUUCAUGACCGUGCAGCUAGCAUGUUAUGAACUUCAAAAUCAUAGUGCAAUAUUUUAAUUCUUCCACCCCAAGCUUUAACACUUUCUGGUCAAAGGUUGGAAUACCCUUCAAGAUAUCCUUCAGUAGUAGGUAGACCUGAUUCCAAGUGCACCAGAUUUGACUAGGAAUAAUUAGACGAAAUUUAAGAAGAAAAUUAAUAAUAUAUGAAUUGUCAAUAGGAUCUUGUGGAAAAACUAAUGUCGACGUCAAAUAUUCUCCGUUCGGAAAUAUUGGAAAAGAAAUAAUAAAACAUUUCUAAUCCCCAAUUUUGGUAAUAAGCUGUCCCUGCAGUUUCCCAAAAAACUUUGAAAAAACACUCACACUCAACAACCAAACGAAAAAUAGAACGCCUCAUAAGGGUUUUUUUUUUAUUAACAAAAAUAACAAAUUUCGCACUUUGAUAAUUGUCGCAUUAUCAAACUUCUGAUAUAUACACACAUAAGUAUAUGAUUGUGAAGCGAGAAAAUGAAUAUGACCAAUUUAUGAGAGCUCCUUUUAAGCUUCCUUCUCCUGAGAAAUGUGAAGGCACCUUUACUUUACAUACAGAUUAUAAAUUUGAUGAACUCUGACUAUACAGAUUGAUCAGCAAAUUUAAUUACAGUAUCAUGAUAAAGGAAUACGACGCUAGUUAAUUGUAAGUUUUGACAAAUUCACAAAAAUGUAUAUUUGGAAUAUUGAUAAUGGUCAAAAACAAAACACUGUAUAAUACUUUAGCAUGGCGCGUAAUCUGGAACGCCUAGGAUGAUGACGUAGUUGUUGAUAUUUUGCAGUGCUGUACCCUGAUGUAAGAGUUCACGGCGCCUCUGACUUUUUGGUUACAUAAAAUGGGACAAAGUUGAAAUAAUGGAACCAUCAGAAACGGAAACCAGGUUUGAGGAAGCAGUGAUCGAUUACCUGUUCACAGUUUAUUUGAUUCCGAUUGUUAUAAAUCUAAUAACUCUCUAUGAAGCGAAAUUUCAUGCUGAAAUAAUGAAUGAUUUCAAGAAAUUCGAGAAACUAUAUAAGAAAAUCGCGAAAAAAAAAUUGGAUUUAUUCGUGGGGAAUAAACCUCUUCUCAUGACAAUUGUUUUACCAAUAAUUUCUUGUGCGACGAUGAUAGUUAAUCAUAUAACGAUGGCGAAUUUUCGUCUGGUACAGGUUAUUCCCUAUUGUUAUAUAAACACCGUUACCUAUCUAGUUGGUGGUUUAUGGUUUGCAUAUUCAGAUGUCAUAGGAAAAAUAGCUCUCACUAUUUCACAAGACUUCCAGUUCGCAUUGAAAAAUAUGAGUACUUCUUCGAGAAUAGCAGAAUUCAGAUCUUUAUGGAUGAUAUUGGCCAAGACAACACGAGAUUGUGGAAAUUCAUCUGGAUAUACUCUGAUAUUUUUGAGCCUCUAUUUGUUCUUGAUCAUAACAUUGACAAUAUAUGGGUUAUUCUCACAGAUACAGAGUGGAUUCGAAUUGAAGGAUAUAGGGCUGACGAUAACUGCUUUAUUUGCUGUAGCUCUCCUGUACUUCAUAUGUGAUGAAGCUCAUUAUGCAUCUAACUGUGUGAAAGUUCAUUUUCAAAAACGCCUUUUAUUGGUUGAACUCACAUGGAUGAAUGAGGACGCACAGCAGGAGAUAAAAAUGUUCUUGAGAGCCACCGAGAUGAUUCCCACUAAUAUGAGUUUAGUUGGUUUUUUUGAUGUCAAUAGGAAUUUAUUCAAAUCGCUUCUAGCCACAAUGGUUACAUAUUUGGUAGUUCUACUUCAGUUCCAAAUCAGCAUACCAGAGGACGACAGCUCAUCAGAUGGAUCGAAAAAUAUCACAAAAUCAAUAACAGUGUAAUUGAAUAAGUAGGCGAUAUUUCAUAAUGUUCGAUAAUGUACCUAUUAUGUAUAUUUAUGUUAUUGAUUCUAAACCCAAAUAUUAAUGUUUUUUCUAU